AAGUUCCCAAGAAAGCGGUAUAAAAAGGCUUUCUUUCGGCCGGGUCCCGGCUCAGUAUGACCUAGAUUCCCGAAUCGGCUCCAGUCAGUCAGAUAGGCUCCAGAACGUUCCCGAGAAAGAGGACUCCCCAGCAGAGUACCAAAAGAGCAAGAAGACAUGGCUAAUUACGGGAUGCUGGUGCUGUUUUCGGUGAUCGUCGCCAUCGGUCAGAUUCAGGCGGCCGGCUACAACACUGAACCACAGUUGGUUGAAUUUGGGACUUUUGCGGCCGCAGAUACUACCUGUUACAUUAUGAAGAUUUUUAAGGGCCAGAAAAGUCCGGUCAUUCUAAAUUUCAACAACCCCUCUGGAAAAGUCAUAAACUACAUUAAAGUGGAAGCACAGAACAACAAUCGAAAGGCUGGAAUAACGGCAGACAUAACGAAUGGUGCAAUCGGACAGGCUUUCGUCUCUGUGAGAAUCAUGGAAGGACGGGGGAAAAGUACAUUUAAUGGUGACGUCUUUGUACAGAUGAAUUGUCUUGUGUAGAGGAAAAAGACUGUUCAAUAAGAAAUUUCCUGUUAAGUGUUUAAGGAUAAAUUAAGAUAAAAUAUAUGCUUUAAAGUUA